AUGGAGUCAUGUGCCAGUUCACCUCAGGACGUGAUGGGCACUAAGACAAAAAUAUUGGAAAAGGGAGAAGUUACUCAGAUGAAGAUGUGCACAGAGCAGUGGAUUUCUGAUACUAAGACAAGCUUGUCUCCUUGUUAUUUGCUCACUGUUAGAAUCAUAAGAGCAAGGAAUAUCCAUCGGACAGAUGUCUUAAGUGAAACUGACUGCUAUGUGAGCCUUUGGCUGCCAAGCGCUUCAUUAGAAAAGGCUCGUACUAAAACAAUCAAGAACUGCAAAGACCCCGUCUGGAAUGAAACUUUCUAUUACAGGAUUCAGAGUCAGGUCAAGAAUGUGUUGGAGCUGGCUAUCUAUGAUGACGAUGUUGUUACUCAAGAUGACCAUCUCUUCACUGUGCACUUCGAUGUGGCCAAACUUCCAUUUGGAGAACCAGUCCUCAUGUACUUUAAGUUUGACACACAGGGGAAGGAAGAACUAGAGGUGGAAUUUACAUUGGACCAGAUGCUUGGCCCACUUGAAACCAUUGUCACCAAUGGAGUACUAGUGUCUCGUGAAAUGUGCUGCUUGGAAGUUCAGGUGGAUGAGAAGAAAAAGAGAAGGAAGCCUUCCUCAAGAAAAGACCUAUCCCUUUCGGUGAAAGGAUCCCAUGAGGAGACCCAGGACAUUAUGUUUGGCUAUGAUACCGUUUUUAGCUCUUCAUGUCCCACUACAUUCCACUAUGUCAAAUAUAAGCAGCCAGUACUUGAUAUUAAGCUACCAAAGAAGCACCUGCCUUCCUCCUUCCAUACCUAUGCCUGUAACACAAAGGGAGGCCCCCCACAUGUGAAUCUCAAUUCACUUCCUGUAGGAGAAAAAAUAACAGUAGCAGAGGAUAAAAGAUUUGAUUUGCAUGUGAAAGCAGAAAACUGCCCAGGAGACCUAGACAUGCGCUUGGGGUUUGACUUGUGCUGGGAAGAGCAAGACUUCUUGAAAAAAAGAAAGAAGCAUGUUGCUUCUGCUCUGAAGAAAGUUCUUCACUUGGAGCAAGAUCUGCAGGACUAUGAGACUCCAGUGAUAGCAAUCAUGACAACAGGAGGGGGGAUGAGGUCAUUGACAACGACGUAUGGCAGUUUGUCGGGUCUCAAGAAGCUAAAUCUCUUGGACUGUGCUACAUACAUAACUGGUUUAUCUGGAACAACAUGGACCAUGGCAAACUUAUACCAAGAUGCCGAUUGGUCACAGAAGGAUCUGGAUGAGAAAAUCAAUGAGGCUCAGAAACAGGCAACGAAAUGCAAACUGGGUUCCUUUUCACUGGAGCGUUUGAAGUAUUACAAGCAGCAGCUAAGUCAACGGAAAACAGAAGGACACAGGACAUCUUUCAUAGAUUUAUGGGGGCUCAUCGUUGAAUAUUUGUUACACGAUGGGAAAGACAACCAUAAACUCUCAGAUCAGCGAGAGGCAGUGAACCAGGGUCAGAACCCAUUACCUAUCUACACAGCACUCAAUGUCAAGGACAACUAUAGCACUUGGGAUUUCAAAGAAUGGAUGGAGUUCACCCCUUACGAGGUGGGAUUUCUCAAAUAUGGAGCUUUCAUUCGCUCAGAGGAUUUUGGUAGUGAGUUCUUCAUGGGUCGGCUGAUAAAGAAGCUGCCAGAGUCCCGGAUCUGCUACCUAGAAGGCAUGUGGAGCAGUAUAUUUUCCCUGAAUCUGAUAUAUAACUGGACUCUGUCCCAUUCUUCAGAAGAUUUCUGGCACAGGUGGACCCAAGACAGAGUAGACUGUAUUGAAGAGGAGCCUAUACUGCCUACAAGACCCCAUGAGUUAAAGACUCGUUUAUUCAAACCUGCAGGCCCCCUCUCCCAAGCUAUUCGAGGUGUCAUGACAGAACGCCUGACAGUUGCCUGCUACCAUAAUUUCUUAAAGGGCCUCCAGAUGCAUAAUGACUACCUGAACAAUGACAACUUUUGUAGAUGGAAAGAUACUGUGUUAGGUGAUUCACCCAACCAGCUCACUGAGACAGAAGCAUACCUGUCCCUAGUAGAUACUGGCUUUUUCAUCAAUACCAGCACCCCACCACUUCUGAGGCCCCAGAGAAAAGUAGAUGUCAUCCUCCAUCUAAAUUAUAGUGCAGGAUCACAGAUACUGCCUCUGGACCAGUCCUGUAAGUACUACUCGGAACUAGGAAUUCCAUUCCCCAAAAUUGAAGUCAGUGAAGAAGACAGAAAAAAUCUGAAGGAGUGCUACCUUUUUGAUGGUGCAGAGACACCAGGAGCUCCGAUAUUGCUAUUUUUUCCACUGGUUAAUGACACCUUCCAAAAUUACAAAGCACCUGGAGUGAAGCGCUCUGAGUCAGAGAUGGAGGAAGGCAAAGUUGAUCUUACCAGUUCCUCUUCCCCUUAUUCUACAUAUUCCGUCAGGUACACAGAGAAAGAUUAUGAUCAACUGGUUAAACUGUGUGAAUACAACAUCUUGAAUAAUGAAAACCUGAUUAUGAAGACCCUGAGUAUGGCAGUGGAAAGAAAAAGGCAACGUAAGAAAUGAUCACCAUGCCAUGUGUCAGAUCAGAGAUAAUGGUUUUGUACAUGGAGGAAAUGAAGCUCUUAAUGAUUGGCCAGUACCUUAGAGGAUCCCAUUUCAACCCCAUGCAGCGGAUGACCCAGUUAAAUUAGGG